AUGGAAAACCGUACAUAUGUUGGUGAGUUUGUCCUCACGGGCUUAACAAAAGUCCCUGGGCUGCAAGAUGUCCUCUUCUUUCUCUUCUUCAUGCUGUAUUUGACCAUCAUACUAGGAAACACGACUAUUUUGUUGAUAACACUGAUUGAACCACGACUCCAUUCACCAAUGUACUUCUUUCUUGGAAACCUCUCCUGCUUAGAUAUCUGCUACUCCACAGUCACUGUGCCAAAGAUGCUAGCUAGCUUCCUCUGGGAGCAUCAGAGAAUUUCAUUGAUUGGUUGUCUAUCUCAGCUUCAUUUUUUCCAUUUCCUAGGGAGCAGUGAAGGUUUAUUGCUAGGUGUCAUGGCUUAUGACCGCUAUGUGGCCAUAUGUAAUCCACUGCGUUACACCAUCAUCAUGAACAAGAAGGCCUACAUUUUUUUGGCAAUGGCCAGCUGGACUACUGGGUUCUUCCAUGCUCUAAUGCACACCAUUAUGACUUCCAAGCUGUAUUUCUGUGGCCCUAACUUAAUCCAACAUUUCUUCUGUGACAUCAAGCCCCUCCUGAGGUUGGCUUGCUGUAGCACUGUCCUCAACCUCAGACUUCUCAAUAUUGUUACAGGCCUAAUUAUUGUUCUUCCUUUUCUCCUUACACUUCUCUCCUACAUCUAUAUCAUCUCCUUCCUCUUCUUGAAAAUAAAAUCCAAGGAAAGCAGAGGUAAAGCUUUCUCCACUUGUGCCUCACAUCUCACAGUAGUAACACUUUUCUAUACUGGGGCCAUCUUGACUUAUAUUCCUCCCUCUUCUGGAGAAUCCCUGGAACAGGAAAUGAUGGUCACUCUUAUGUACACUGUGGUUACUCCAGCUCUGAAUCCCCUGAUUUACACCCUAAGGAACAAAGAGGUGAAAACUGCUAUUAAGAAAGCAAUAGGACAAAAGCUCCUACCUUCACAACAGUUAAGAUCUGCCUCUCAAGCCCUGGUUUCUGUACCCCUGCAGCCAGAAGUAAGACGACUAAAGACAGGACAUUUUCAGUAG